ACACCAAAACCAAUAAAACAACCUAAGACAACCUACUCUGGAGCAGUAACAUAAUCUCAGCAGAGUUGUAUGCCUAUAAUCUACAGCAAAGCCCGCCCUUCUGAGAUCCAGUUUAACUGGAGGAAAGCUGUCUUAAAGUGAAAGCAGGACUAACCACAUUCAACUCAGCAACACUACAGCUGCAUUUAACUGGGAUCUGAGAAAGAGAAGCGAUGGGUCUCUUUAAUAAUAUCAAGUUCUUUGUGCUGUGCCAUGGAAUGCUUCAACUUGCGCAACUGCUGGUGUCUGGAUAUCUGAAGGGCUCCAUAUCUACAAUCGAGAGAAGAUAUGGCCUGUCCAGUCAGAAAUCUGGAGUGCUGGCCUCUUUUAACGAGGUUGGAAACACGGUCCUUAUCGUGUUCGUGAGCUUUUUCGGAAGCCGAGUACACAGACCCAGGUGUAUCGGGAUCGGAGCGAUCCUCGCAAGCAUGGCGGCGUUUCUGAUAGCGUUGCCACACUUUUUCAGUGAGAAAUAUAAGUACACGGAUGACGUAAACUCAGCUGGCAACGAGAACGUUACUGGGCUUUGCCAAGCAGCGAGCAAUCUCCAGGCAGCAUCCUCUAACCAGAUAUGUUCAGAAGUCCAUAGUGAUGCCAACAAUGCCGUGUUUCCUAUCUUGCUCUUGGGUCAGUUGCUGCUGGGGAUUGGUUCAGUUCCUAUCCAACCUUUUGGGAUUUCCUACAUCGAUGACUACGCAGAUAAAAAGAAUUCGCCGUUCUAUCUCGGAAUUUUAUUUGCGUUAACCGUCAUCGGACCAGCGCUGGGUUACUUGUUGGGGUCGCUCCUGCUCCGCUUUUAUGUUGAUUUCAACACAAUGUCUCCUGGGGAAAUCAAAUUGGACAGAACGGAUCCACGUUGGGUCGGAGCUUGGUGGCUGGGUUUCCUUCUAGCCGGCACCUUGCUCUUCCUUACCUCCCUGCCGUACCUAUUUUUUCCGAGAAGCAUGAUAACAGAGGAAUCUGCUGCAGCCACAACAGAGUGUGAAGCAGAAAAGCAAAAAGAGAAGCAGGAAGCUGGAUCAGACUCGACACAUGAACUCUCACUUCUCCAGUUUCUCAAAAAAUUCCCACACAUCAUGCUGAGAACCCUGAGGAACCCUAUUUACCUUCUGGUGGUGUUGGCGCAGGUGAAUCUAGCAGCUAUGGUCGCUGGACUUGCUACCUUCAUGCCUAAAUACAUCGAGAGACAGUUCUCUCAAACGGCGGCCUUCUCCAACAUGAUGAUCGGUGGAUUGAGUAUCCCAUCAGCCAUGUUGGGCAUCAUGGCCGGAGGUAUGAUCCUGCGCCGGCUCAAUCUGUCCGUUAAAGCUUCGGCGAUCCUGUGCAGCAGCGCCGUGCUGUUAGCGAUGUUCUUCGCCCUGCCACUUCUCUUCCUCGGCUGUCCGACGCAGAACGUUGCCGGCGUGAACUAUAACACCGCUGCAGGAACCUACAGGAAUUGCAGUUUGUCUUGUUCGUGCUCUGACGAGGCUUUUAACCCCGUGUGCGGCUCCGAUGGCGUGGAGUUCCUCACUCCUUGCCACGCUGGCUGCAAAACAAGAAACGAGACACCGCUGAACUACACAGACUGUGCUUGCGUGGGUCCGGAAGGUUCUCAGGGUCACGCCGUACCACGAAGUUGUGGGAACGGCUGCUCCCACCUCCUCAUCCCUUUCAUGGUUUUCUCCUCGCUCACGUGCUUCCUAGCCUCUGUCUCUCAGACGCCGUCGUUUAUGAUGAUUCUCAGGACCGUGACUCCAGAAGACAAAUCCUUCGCCCUGGGAAUCCAGUUCAUGCUCUUCAGAGUUCUGGCGUUUCUCCCAGCACCUGUUCUGUAUGGAAGCGCCAUUGAUUCCACCUGUAUUCAGUGGGGCAGAAAGUGCAACAGAAACACUUCCUGUCGUUACUACAACAUGGAUUAUUUCAAACAAAGAUAUCUUGGACUUCAGACCAUUUUCGUGUUUGGAGGUCUGGUCUUUUUCUUUCUCUCCUUUUUGGUUCUGAAGAGGACGGAGUCUAUCGGGCGAAAGCAAUCGGAAAAGAUGAAGAGACUCGCCGCGAGUGAGAAGCAGGACAUUAAAGACUCAAAACCGCUAAUGAUGUGCAACGAUGCACAAAAUGACAAACUGGUGUGAGGACAGAGAUCCUGGCAGAGAACAAACCUGAGACAUCCUGAGGGAAAAAAAAAAAAUAUACAAAAGACUGCUGUAAAUAGGCAUCAUCUGUGAGUCAUAAAUCACACCGAUACUAUAAUCUUUUCCAUCAAACGUUAAUCAAACAGCGCCGCUGCCGCCGUCGUAGAAGAAGCGGCCGCGUGUACGAACACACUAAAUACGCCAAUACACUGUGAAGCCGAUGUAGCGUUUCCUUCGUCUGAGCCUUUAGCCGAGCCUGUGCGUACAAGCGUACAUGCCGCAUUUUCCUAAUAUGAAGAUAGCAUUAAGAUGGGUCAGGCAUGUCAUGAGUGUCGCGAUCUCGAUCGAGUCGGUUAUUAAACUUCGAGAAAUGAAGUUAUGAUCGGUUGGAGCUUGUUACUGGUGAAUUAUGGAUAAAAAUACAGAGGGCAUUGAAUAGAUAUCCUAUAUUCUAGGCUGCAGAUAUAAAAAGCCACACUGUGAUUGGUGAAAUGACUUUUCUAUCUUGUUUUUAAUCCAAACGUAAGCUUUCCACUUAACGUCGUCUACGAUACGUAUUUGUUGUUUUUUUUGUCGCCGUUAGCGCUAUACUAUGCUAACAGUUUACAGUUUCUGUGUGUACACUAAAAUUAGAUUGGAAUUUCAUACUGAACUGUGACAAAGUUCUGGGAUUAAAGGACAAAAUAAAAUGUUAUGUACGCUGUGAAACUAAACACACGGACCAGCGUUCGUUCGCGCGGUUAUACGAUCAGUCGGUCACGUGGCGGAACAAUAAUAAAAUCAUGCAGAUAAAGAAAAAUAAAUCUGGAUCACUUUUUGGUGCAGCAUCAGAUCUUUCUCGGCUGGACAGAACCGGAUCCUGAUGUGAUCUCCUUCUGUUGUAGCUCAUUCGCCUCAAGAUCGGACACGUUGUUCGUUCUGAGAUGCUUUUCUGCUCAACUGGUUUGUAAAGAUUUAUUAUGAACCUGCAUGAACUGGAGCAUUCCUUAUAGUGUGAACCGGUUGCACCGGUGUUAGUGUGAAUCUGUCUAUUUCUCUCUCUCUCUCUCUCUCUCUCUCUCUUUCUCUCAUCCACAAAGUGUUUGUACCUUGCGUCUGUUGUUUUUUUUCCUAAACUCUAGAGACUGUUAUGAAUGAAAAUUCUGCGAUUUCCUUUCUGAAAUGCUCAAACUUGCACCAUGCCAUGGCCGGUGUCACAAACACACACACACACACACACACACACACACACACACACACACACACACACACACACAGAGCACUUGACAAACAUCGAAGUCAACCAACACUCCUAAGUUCACUGAAAACCUUCUGCAUGAUUUUCUGCACCAUAUUGCUGUUACCUGAUUGGAUGAUUAUAUUCAUCGAGUGUGUAGGUGUGUAUAUUAACAUGACUGGUGUAUUUUCUAGCUCGAACACAUUCGCUGUGACACCUUUACUUUAAAAUGUGAACUGUUUGAGCAUCAUUGAACUUUUUAAACACAAAUGUAGCAUGUAUUACAAUUAUUAGAUCUGUAUGUCUGUACUUUUCCUGCUGGUCUAUUGUAUGUCUAUUGUAUUUCUGUUCAUUUAUUAAAAAAAAAGCAUAUA